GCCUCGCGUCCCAACCUAGCACACCGGACAGCUGAUCAAGGUCGUAUUCAAAUCGGUGGACUCGUUGGCACUGGGCAGUAUUACUGUACCUAGCAGAUAGAGGGUUGCCGUACAUAUAUCUACGGCUCGGCUUCCCUUUGCAAUUGUUUUUGAGUUUCUCCAAGCAGAGCAUCCUGCCCACACUCGUUUACACCAAAACCAUUUCCAUAGGACUCUCUUCCCCAGGAACAUAACUUUAUAUAUUCCUUUUAAUAAUUAAUUACUCGCGACAAAUACAGCAAUCAUGCUUUUCUCCUACUCCACCGUUCUCCUCGCCGGAGCCUCCAUGGUUUCCGCUGCGACCAUCCCAAUCCCAUCCGACAUCCCCAUUCCCUCUGGAGCCCCGGCCAUCAACCUCGAGGCCUUCAAGACCCAGCCUUUCAAGGGAUGGCCCGUCAAUGAGAUUCUCACCGGAGGAAACCGAACUGCCGACCCCAAGAUGAAGGCCGAGCAGGGUAUCAUGGCUACCUGCGGCAACCCUCGCUACCGCCGCGAGUGGCACAGCCUCGACGACAACUCCAAGCAGAACUUCGUCAACUCCGUCAAGUGCUUGUUGAGCCGCCCUGCCUCUGGCCAAUUCGGCCAGGCCAGGAACCGUUACGAGGACCUUGUUGCUCUCCACCAGCAGCUCAAGAACAACGUCCACGAGAACCGCAAGUUCUUGCUGUGGCACAGGUACUUCCUCUGGACCUUCGAGCAGCUCCUCCGCUCCGAGUGCGGCUUCACUGCCGACCUCCCCUGGUUCGAUGAGACCAGGUACGCCGGACGCUUCUCCCAGUCCGACAUCUUCUCCAGCCGAUGGCUCGGUGGAAUUGCCCUCGGAGGACGCUGCGUCACUGAUGGCCAAUUCGCCAACCUCGCCCUCAACAUUGGCCCCGGUACCUCCAACACCCGCCACUGCCUCGCCCGUAACGGUGAUGCUGGCCAGACCGCCAACACCAACGCCAACGUAGUCAACGGUUGCAACGCCCGUACCAACUACGCCGAGAUGUCUGAGUGCUCCGAGUACUCUGCUCACGCUUACGGACACAACGGUAUCGGUGCCGUCAUGCAGGACGUCUGGGCCUCCCCCUCCGACCCCGUCUUCUGGCUCCACCACGCUUUCAUUGACCGCAACUUCCGCGUCUGGCAAAACGCCAACAUGCCCGCCCGUGUCUCCACCAUCAACGGCAACGACGCCUUCGGCCGUCCUCUCACCAUGGGCAUGUCCGUCUCCGUCAAUGGCAUCCGCCCCGACACCACCAUCGGAAACAUCAUGAACACCCUCGACACCACCCUCUGCUACCGCUACGACUACUAAGCGGGGCGUCUGCCUCCCCCUUCGUCUCUCCUGUUACUCGUUUUUCCCGGUAUCGGGAGCGAAGUAGCGUGAGGAGGUGACAAGGGACCUGUUCAUACCUAUAGAAUCCUAAAAAAACAGGGCAUUGUUCCAAUUCGAAUCGUCUCUUAUAUAUAUUGAACCUUUCUUCUUGUACAUAGCGGAUGAAAUGAAUAAUGCCAACAAAACUCUUUCUUUUUCUCUCUCCAUCUCUUCUAUCAUAUUUUCUGUGCUAUCAUCUUGAGUGUUCGACUUUCUGUCUCUUGGGAUUUCAUGAUUGAUAAAACCCCUCGAAUGGGGGGAUUCAAACGUUGCGCUGUCCUCCGUGAGAUAUCCACUGAUUGCUCAUUAUAAAUACCUACUUAAUCUAUUUCAGCCAUAAUGUAAUCUAAUUUGCAAAUACUGUUAGUACACCAAAAUGCAAUGCUGCAGGAACAUCUCUACGUGA